AUGGAUGGAGUUACUAGCACAGAAACUUCAUCUCAAGAAGUGUCAAAUGUUGAAUGUCCUCUUUGGCAGUAUGUGACUAAAGUAGAAAAACCACCAGGUGCUACCGUUAAAAAAGGGGGAAACACAUACUUUAAGUGCAAUUAUUGUGGUGUGGUUUAUUUGGGAUCCUAUUCUAGGGUUAAGGCUCAUUUAUUAAAAAUUGCUAAUAAAGGUAUUAAAGCAUGUCCUAUUGUGACACCGAGCCAUAGGUUGGAAAUGCAGCGAAUGCAUGAUCAAGUUGAGAAGGAUAAGUUAGAGAGUGAACAGAGAAGUAGAAUUCCCUUACCCCCACCUAUCCCAGGCCGUGGGCCUAUACCUAUUUCCCCAUUUCGGAGACAGGAAGGGAGUGAUAGUACAAAUCCGGUUGAUGGUAAGAGGAGGAAGGUGGCUGGGAUUUCUCCUAUUGAGAAAGCAUUCCAGAAUACUACUAGAUAUGAAUUGGAUAGUAGAAUUGCUAGGAUGUUUUACACUGGUGGGCUUCCAUUUAACUUUGCAAGGAUCCCACAUUUUCGUAAUUCCUAUGCAUAUGCUGCUACCCAUAACAUCCCAGGUUAUGUUCCUCCUGGAUACAAUGCCUUGAGAACAACACUUUUGCAAAAAGAAAGAGCUCAUGUUGAAAGACUCUUGAAACCAAUUAAGGAUUCUUGGCUUGAAAAUGGUGUAAGCAUAGUUUCUGAUGGAUGGUCAGAUCCACAAAGAAGGCCUCUUAUUAAUAUUAUGGCUGUAUCAGAUGGGGGUCCGGUGUUUGUAAAGGCAAUUGAUGGGUCAGCUCUUAUUGAAGGUGAGUAUCCUAAAAUAUUUUGGACACCCUGUGUUGUCCACACUCUCAAUCUAGCUUUGAAGAAUAUUUGUGCAGCAAAAAACACUGGAAAGAAUGAAGUUACAUAUGAGGAAUGUAGUUGGAUUACACGUAUUGCUGAUGAUGCAUCUUUCAUACGUGUUUUUAUUAUGAACCAUUCAAUGAGGUUGGCAAUGUUUAAUGAAUUUAGUCCAUUAAAAUUGCUCCAAGUUGCUGAUACUAGAUUUGCUUCAAUUGUUGUAAUGCUGAAAAGGUUGAAGUUCAUAAAAAGAUGCCUUCAAGCCAUGGCUAUUAGUGAGCAAUGGGCUUCUUAUAGGGAGGAUGAUGUUGGAAAAGCUGUAAAGCACCUAUUUAUGAUAUGCUACGAGUAG